UCCUGCCGUGGGUCGUGGAGCGAGGAGUGGCUGCGUAAUCGUGGUCGGGCGCCGCGUGGUUUGUGCUAAAUUCUUCCCUAGAAUAUCAUGAAGAUUUGGACAUCGGAACACGUUUUUAACCACUCGUGGGAGACGGUAAGCCAAGCGGCAUGGCGCAAGUACCCGAAUCCCAUGAAUCCUGCAGUGGUGGGCAUUGACGUGCUGGACCGGCGCGUGGAGGGCGGCCGUCUGCUCACUGAUCGCCUCAUCAGCUCCAAAUGGGGAAUCCCUGGCUGGGCGGCGAGGCUCAUCGGCUCCCCCAACGUCUGUUACGGCUAUGAACGCUCCACCGUGGACCCCGCCACACGGCAGAUGGUCCUCAACACUAGAAAUAUCACUUUCGGCACCAGCAUUUCGGUGGACGAGCAGCUGGUGUACUCGCCACACCCGGAGGACGCCAGCAAGACGCUGCUGCGCCAGGAGGCGGUGGUCACCGUGCAGGGCGUGCCACUCACCCACUACAUGGAGAACAUCCUCACCAGCAUCAUCUCGACCAAUGCUGGCAAGGGUCGGGAGGCCAUGGAGUGGGUGAUCGGCAAGAUCAACCAGGAGGUGCACGAGCUGGCCAACGUCACCAAGACGGCCGUGAAGACGACCGACGAGCUGCUGAACUCGGCCAAACACUCGGUGGACGGCCUGGCCGAGCGCGCCCGCAAGCUCAGUCACAUCACCGACGGCAUCAUCACCGAAAAGGCGAAAAACAUCAGCUUAGGCGAGCAAACCAGCCAACGACCGCUAUAGAUACAAUGCAGUAUAGAACAUUAUGAAAUGCGCUCGGGUGGUCGGGCGUUAGGUAGUAAAACAAAUGUCCCUGUUGGAGGUGGACGGCAUAUCGCGAUAUCCUAAGGAUGUUUUGUCGUCUGGUUCCAUGUGUUUUUAUUAUGGAAAUGACGAACAUUCGCAGACUCAAAAUAUAAUUUAGUUAGCACGAAUUCUUCAGCCAAAAUAGUAUCUGUCGCAUUCAUAUGCAACACGUUUGUCAUUAUGCUGUUGCUCUCGGUCCCCCCACACUUCUCCUCCCCAUGAUCUGAGGCUCCAGGGGGCAUUCGUGACAAGGCUCGGCGGCUGGCCGUGUACCACCGUCGCUGAAAGCCGGGACGGAUACCCCCGUCGAUGAGAGCUUGUGGGGGCCACCACCGUGAAGGUGGACGGGCCCGUACCCACUGCAGCAUCGCACUCACUCAGGGCUGGCGGUAUUCGGACCGCCGUGCGUGCCGGCGUGCCUGAUCUGUGAGUGCAGCCACCAGUGCGAGAGGCGCGUGCGUCAUUUAUUUUCCGUGCACGUAACAUCGGUGCGAACCGCACUACUUCUUGUCAGCUAUUGUGCGACUGUGUGUGUACGUAAAUGUCCCGAUACAUCCACCACUGCGGGAUGAACGCGGAGGAUUGUGAUCAUCCCGUACACAGUGGGGCGGGUGCUUGAGCGUUGUUAUCUGUUCUCACCGCAGCCGAACGCCUGUGCCCGCCGCAGCUGUCCUGAUCUCCUGUACGGGGCAUGUUCGAAUGCUGACGGAGCGGAAGGUCUCGGCUGACCGUGGUGCGCGUCCCCACGUGCGACUGAUUGCGAGUGUUGACUUGUUGAGGUCAGGGCAGGCCGCUUUCCACACAGCGGGCAGCCAUCCAUCGGACCAAUACAGCCACCAGGACAGAA